AUGCGACCGCUGUCCGAGCAUCCUCACAACAACUCCUCACAGCGAAACGGGCGAGGCGCUGCUCGUAGCGAUGAGCCAUUCUCAAGAACCGAGCAUGGCAUGCCAGUACCGAACGGUGGUGGCUACAGGAAUCCAAGUAUGAUGUCGGGGCCGCCGAUGUUCGACCUGGCUAGAAGUCCGCCCGGCGGACCGAACAAGAAUACGAAGCAUGUUCCCUGCAAAUUUUUUCGACAAGGGCAGUGUCAGGCUGGCAAUGCUUGUCCAUUCUCGCACUCGCUCGAUCCUCAGACACAUCAGGCACCAUGCAAGUACUUCUCCAAGGGAAAUUGCAAGUUCGGUGCAAAGUGUGCGCUGGCUCACUACCUCCCUGACGGGCGUCGAGUCAACCGCAAUGAUAUCGAUGCGGCGGCGGCGGCAAUGCCAAGUCGGAACGAGUAUUAUCCAAGACAGAACAAUGCUCCAUUCGGACCAGCAGAGAUGCCGAUGAACCCGCAAUUGGGCCAGCAACCAUAUGGCACCGAGUUCUACAGUGCAAACGGGUUCUAUGGAGCAGAAGACCCCGAUGCUUACCCAACUGAGCGGUACCAGCGUCCAUACACAAACAUGUCUAAUUUCGACUCGAACGUCAACAGUCCACCCAACUCGCACUUCGGCUCUCCCACAAACGAGUCGCCCUUCGCCAAGUCACCCAUGGACAACGUGCGAACAGCGCUGAACGUACCCAUGCCUCAGUCAUUCGACCCAAAUGAGCCCUCACGAAAAUAUGGGAUCCUCGGACAGUCAGCUCCAGUCAAAGGACCAGCUUUAUUCUCUCCACCAAAUGCCACCACCUCAUUUGCUAGGCGGCUCGGUAGCCCACCAGAAACAAGCUUGAACCGCGGCUUUGGGGGUAUGUCAGGCAACAACGCACCAUCACCACUAGGUCUGUCUCCUCAGGCUCCUGAUGACUCGAUAGACAGAGUCAUGCAGUCGACGCUCAACGCUUCCCAGCCUCGCGGCAUCAUAUCAGCCAGUAUGCCCCGUCAGCCACAAGCUGCACGCAACAAUGCUCAGUCCGACCUGGAAGAUAAUGCCGAUUUGGGUCACGAACUGCUUCCUGGUAGCCUACAUGACGAGGUGCUCACGCCAGCCGAGCAAAUGAGGCGGCUGUCUCGCGCUGAUCAAGAUAGUCUCGGGGUCGCAAUUCCCAGCGCACAUUCCAGCAAAGUCGGCUCGCCGCCUUCUGGGAGCAGUCCGUCGCGAUUCAGCCAUAUAUGGGCAGAGCAGCGAGACAAGCAACCGAACUUGGGCGCUGUUGGCUCGCCUCUGAAGGAGUCAUGGAUGCCAGGGUCUUCACAUCCUCCAAGAGGUCAGCAGAUCUCGGGUAUUUCGCAAGCCAUGGCCCGAAUGGAACUCACCCGCACAGAAUCAGCGGAAUCAAAUGCAGGCCGACCUGUCAACAGCACUAUGCGAAUCCCAUCCAGCAACGUGCAGCGGUUGGACCGCACCAUAUCCAGUCCUGGUUUGCCUGCUCGAAGGCUAGGCGACGAGUCGGAUGGCGAGGGCGUAAUCUUCUCGAUGGACGACGAUAAGCGAUCGACUUCGAUAUGGUCGAAUGCAUCUCCUCGCCUAGCACCUUUGCGGGAGGGUACUGCCAACUUCGGACGAAUGAGAAAAGAUGACUCGAAUGCCGGUCAUGCUGGAGGGUCCGCGUUCUACGGAUUCCGGCCAUGA